ACUUGAGCUGUUCGUCUUGGAGAGGGGUGGGGAGAGAGAGAGAGAGAGGAAGGGAGGAGCCAAACAUCAAGAUAGAGAGGCUAACAGCAGUACGUCCAGGAAGCAAAUCAAUAAUUUUUAUCAAGAAUUUAUCUCUUCUACAUAACAAGCAAGGAUGGAAUCAGGAAAAGAUGGAAUGGUGAGGUGAGAAGACAGAGCAGAGAAAAUGGCAGAGUCGGCGGUGAGCCUUGUUGUUGAUAAAUUGCUUCCGUUGCUAACACAAGAAGUGAAACUAUUGAAAGGCGUCCAUGAUGAAUUGGUUGGUGUCAAAGAUGAAUUGGAAGUCAUUCGUGCUUUCCUGAAAGAUGCAGAUUCAAAGGCUGGGAAAGAAGGCAUCGGUGAGGGUGUGAAAGUACUGGUAAACCAAAUAAGAGAAGAAGCUCAUCACAUUGAAGAUGUCAUCGAUGAUUACAUGUUGCAUGUGGCAAGACAUCCUGAUAAUCGACAUGGACUCCUACGUCAUAUUGCUUCUUUGAUUAAAACAUUCAGUUCGCGUCAUGAGAUAGCAUCAGAGAUUAAAGACAUCAAAUCAUCACUUCUAGAUAUCAAGAAUAGAAGUCAAACAUUCCACUUCAUUUCUUCAAAUCAGGGAGCAUCAAGCAGCAACAGCAAUGCAGGAAGAGGGUUAAUGGAUCACCCUCGACUGAGUUCUCUUUUCAUUGAAGAAGCUGAGCUUGUUGGGAUUGAAUCUCCAAGAGAUGAAUUGAUAAGCUACUUAUUAAGUGGAGUUUCUCAAAGGACAGUGAUCGCAGUGGUUGGAAUGGGAGGUGUGGGAAAAACCACAGUGGCCAAGAAAGUAUAUGACAACCACAGGGUGAAAGAGCACUUCCAAUACCAUGCUUGGAUCACUGUGUCUCAAUCAUAUGAUAAGAGGGAGCUACUACGGAGCAUUCUGAAGAGAUUCUAUGAAGUGAAAAAUGGGCUUUUUCCUGAUAGAAUUGUUACAAUGGAGGAGGAGGAGUUGAUCAAGGAGAUUAGAGAAUAUUUAGGACAAGAACGAUACCUGGUUGUAUUUGAUGAUGUAUGGGAAAUUGGCUUUUGGGGAAACAUGGAGCAUGCGUUGUUAGAUCAUGAUAAUGGCAGUAGAAUAUUGGCCACAACAAGAAAUGAGGAUGUUGCUAAUUUUAGCAGAGGAUCUUCAUUGGUUCAUGUCUAUCAUAUAGAACCUUUACCUCAAAAGGAGGCGUGGGAACUCUUCUGCAAUAAAGCAUUCAGGUCUGAGUUUAAAGGGCAAUGUCCAAAAGAUCUGGAGGAAUUGUCACAGGACAUUGUUAGAAGAUGUGGAGGAUUGCCUCUGGCAAUUGUGGCUGUUAGUGGACUUCUAGCAACCAAAGAAAAGAGCAUUCUAGAAUGGAAAAAAUUCCUCAGUGGCCUUGGUGGUUCUGCAAUGGUGAGUGAUCCAUACAUUGAUAGUGUCACUAACAUUCUAUCUCUCAGCUAUGGUGAUCUGCCUUACCACCUCAAAUCUUGUUUCUUAUAUUUUGGCAUGUUUCCUGAAGAUUUUUCCAUUGUGCAUGGAAGAAUAAUUCGAUUAUGGGUGGCUGAGGGUUUUGUAGAAGAAAAACCAGGCAUGACACUAGAGGACGUUGGAGAAGAAUACUUCAUUGAACUCGUUCGUCGAAAUUUGGUUCAAGUGGAUGAAGUUUUUCACGGAGUUCCCUUAACAUGUCAUGUUCAUGAUAUGGUCCGUGAUGUCAUUCUUUCCAAGUCAGAGGAACUGAGUUUCUGCCAUGUUUCCAGCAGUUGCUCAACUUUUCAAGGCAUAGCACGACAUCUCUCAAUAAGCAACAGAGGAAGCAACACUCCAAAGAGUAGCACCAAGUCUCAAACUCGCUCUAUUAUGGUCUUUGACGAAGUAAAGCUGCAGAAGGCCACAAUUCAAGUGAUACUUGCAAAAUUCAAGCUUUUGACUACAUUAGAUUUUGAAAACUGUCCUAUAGAUCACCUUCCCAAAGAACUUGGAAAUUUGCUACAUCUAAGGUAUUUAAACUUGAGAAAUACCAAAGUAGCAAAACUUCCAAAAUCAAUAAGAAAGCUGCAUAACCUGGAAUCUUUAGAUUUGAGAUAUUCUUUCGUGGAAGAGUUGCCAGUUAAGAUCAGUAAUUUCCCUAAAUUGCGACAUCUUUUGGCUGAAGAUAAAAAGACUCGGGCAUUGAAGAUAAAAGGCAGCAUUAAGCAUUUGGAGUUCUUACAAACAUUGUCUAAAAUUAAUGUGGAUGACAAUGUGAGCUUGAUCAAUGACGGCCUGCAAGUGUCAACGGAAUUGAAGACAUUGGGUAUCAGAAAUUUGAAAAGGGAACAUGGGAGGUAUCUAUGCACUGCAUUGGAGAAGAUGACUCACCUGCGGUUGCUACUUGUUUGUUCAAUAAAUCCCACGAAUGAAGUUCUUGAAUUGCAAUCGAUGUCUUCUCCUCCUCUUGAGCUGCGAAGUAUCUGGCUUGAGGGCCAAUUAGAAAGGUUACCAAAUUGGAUUUCCAAAAUACACAAUCUGGCUGAACUGAGAUUGAGUUUCACAAACUUGAAGGAUGAUUCCUUUGAAGUCCUUCAAGCUCUGCCCAAUCUAAAUCGUCUUGGACUCGUAUGUGCAUACAAUGGAGAGAAGAUGCAUUUUGAAGGAGGAGGGUUUCAGAAACUCAAGUCUCUGUAUCUUGUAGGCUUGAGUAAUUUGAAGGAAAUGUUAAUAGACGAAGGAGCAUUGCCACUUCUUGAAAAGCUACAGAUGGGACCUUGCCCAAAACUGAAGGAAGUGCCUUCUGGAUUUAAGUACUUGAGAUAUCUCAAAGAUUUAUCAUUCACAGGGAUGACAAAUGAGUUCACUCAAAGAUUGUCACAGCAAGAAUCAGAGAAAGUGAGGCAUGUACCGAUUAUCCAAUAUGAUGGUACUUAUGAUCCCAGUGACGAAGGAUCUUAUGAAGCAUGGGUGGAGCGAUAUUUCAGACGAGUAGGAAUCAAAAUGACCUAAUAUUUUUUGAGGUUACAGGACUUCAGACAAUCAAUCAACCUCAGAGCAAUGCGAAGUCAGCCCUGCUAGAAGAUAUGAACGCGGUAGAUGUGUUUGUUUAAUGUUUCUGGGGAGACACACCUAUCUAGUAAAACCUGUUUUCAGCUUGUUAAUUUGUUUCGAGUGUUGAUAUCUGUGGCAUGUAGAAAUUAAGAAAAAUCUGGAUGUGCAUGUGUUAUUACCAUAGCAGAAGCAUAAUUUGUGGCCUAAUAAAAUGUACGCUACAGAAGAUUCCAAGCAUAA